AUGGAUAUCGCCAAGCAGAGUGAGGACAGCAGCGAUCUCAAGCUGCCGACCCAGCAUGAGGUUGCCGCAAAGGCCGCACGCGGAGAUGUGAAGCUCUUUGCAGCUGUUUUCCAGUUUGAUCUCAAGCUGCCUACCCAGCAUGAGGUUGCCGCAAAGGCCAAUGACAUCGCCAAGCAGAGUGAGGAUCUCAAGCUGCCUACCCAGCAUGAGGUUGCCGCAAAGGCCGCACGCGAAGCAGAGAAGGUGCCUUCCAGAAGUGCCGAGGACCUCGAGCGCGUCAAACUUCGACAAGAAGUGGCCGAAGAGGCCAAGCUGCUGCGCGAGGCAACUGCCGAGCUGAAGGACAUCAAGCAGGUCCUGCAAGAGGACCUUCAGGCGCACAGAACUACGACUCUUCCUCCCAGCGAAGGGCCUAUGGCAGCAGCUGCUGCUGCCCUGAGCCGCCUGGUGCAUUCGGUGUUUGCAGCCCCAGUCCGUGCAGGUGACGCGAACCCACCCGCUGUACCGCCGGCAUCGCUGGCGAGCUUCUGGGAGAGCAAAGUUACUGGAGGCCACACGUCCAGGGAGUUCCAUGAGCCGAAGGAGGCAGCCUUCCUGCAGCGUAGGGAUCCUCGCACUGCCCAGCGGGGCCUGGAUUUUACACGACGGCAAGAAGAUGCCGAGCUGGAGGAGGUCUCUAUCUCCGAACCCUUCAAAGCGUUGGAGGAGGAGGAUCUACGCGAGGCAGAGCGCCUGAAGGCCUUGGACCGGCGCCUCCGGCAACGGGCGGCCCGAAGAGCUCCAGCCAAAGCUCCGCAGCGAGCCUUUCAAGGGACGGACGCCUCCUCCACAUGGGCGGCCCUGGAGGAGGAGGAUGAAGGGAUCGAAUCUGCGUUGGUCGACCUCGACGACCCUCGACGACCUGUGGACCUGCGUCGCUACCAGGAGCUGAACGCCAUGCAGGCUCGAUCUAUGGAACGCCUCGAAGGAGCAGCGACGGGGCAUUAG